UCUUUAGAUCAGAAUUUGAACUCGAAUAUGACUGCUACGAGGACAAUCUCUAUGAGAGGUUCGGACGAGUAACGACCGGCAGCUGCACUUCACGCUGAAACACUCCACAACCCAAGCACACACAGGAACCUUGGUUGCACCGAGCACAGCCCCAAAUGACUUCACCUGAAACUGGACACAUUCCCCACAUCUGGCUUUUCUGGCCACGGUCCUCUUCUGUGUUCUAAAUAAAAACACCCUCUAGGGCUGGAAGCCACUCUCUCUCGCGCACGUGGUCGUAACACGAGCGCCAUGGAGGAAAUCAUCCGCCGGCUCACCGACCUCACCACACGACAACAGCAGCUUUCCGAGCAGCUAGCAUGGAGGCAGGAACAAACAGAGCGGUCCGUGGAGUUAAUGCACGAGGCGACGACAGCACGGAUCCCGCUACCGGAUGCUCGAGCAGCGGCGCACCACUUCUAAUGAAGCUUACCGAACAGGAUGACAUCGAGGCAUACCUUCCCUCAUUUGAGGUGGACCUACGAGGAACACGCCCCCGUGCGGUCCCAGGCCGCCCAGUUAUCGCGGCUUGCACACCUCAGCCCACGACGCAGGAGAGAGAGUGGAGGAGCCGCCCCGGAGGAUGAACCCUGGAUGGCGACCGCAGGAAGGCACCUUGAGGCCAGUAAAAAUACCUGUGGCCCCCAGCCCCUGGACGAGCUGAUGCCCACUGAGCUCGCCUCCACCGGGCCCUGCGCUUGGCUGGUGGGCUGUGUGCUGCACCAGACAAUGCCCUUGGGAGCUCCACGACGAACAGUGCGGGUUGACGGCCGUGCCGUUACCGCCACGGUGGACUCUUGCAGCUCUGUGAUGCUGGUCCAACCCGGCGGGAAGUCCACCAUCCCGAUCACCUGUGUUCAUGGGGAUACCCGUAGCGUGCCAGGUGACACUGGCCGCUAGACCGGGAACAUGGACACUGGAGGUCGGGAUUGUGGACGACAUGCCAGUCCCUAUGUUGCAGGGGCGGGACUGGCCUUGGUUCGAUCAGCUACUGGCCACCACAGUGCAGUCUGCCAGUCGCGGGGCUCGUCAACAAAGGCGCUGACCCCAGAUGGCCCAGAACCACCGGGCCAUCCUGAUGGCUACAGAGAGCGAGCGGGAGGGUGAGUGCCAGAACCCUAACCUAUUUUCCGACCUUUUUCAGCAGCUGACUGGGGGAGGGUCAUUCGGAAGAGAGCAGUGGGAAGAUGAGCGGUUGCGAAACUGCUGGGCCCAAGUGAGAGUCCUCGAUGACGAAGACCGCCAGCCCUUUGUGAUCAAGAAUGGUCUGUUAUACUGUGCCGCCCUGGGGCAGGGGGAGGAAAAGCUCAUUCUGGUAGGUCCUAAGUCCAUGACCAAAACGUUCCUGGAACUAGCACACGCCCAUCCCAUGGCGGGACAUCUGGGGGCCGCCAACACUGCCAGUGCAUUCAGGAUCGCUUCCACUGGCCAGGACUCGAGGCCGAGGUUAAGAGGUUCUGCCAAAGCUGCUCCACCUGCCCGGGGACAUGAGCACAUUCUUGUUGUCGUGGACUACGCCAUCCGAUACCCAGAAGCCCUGCCCCUGCGGAAGGCCACCUCAAAGGCUAUCGCCAAGGAGCUGUUCCUUCUCUUCAGCCGCAUAGGCAUCCCCGAGGAAGUCCAUUCAUGGAACUCCAUUCAUGUCCCAGCUGAUGGCGGACCUCUGCCACCUGCUCAACGUGAAACAGCUCCGGUUGUCCGUGUUCCAUCCCCAAACCGACGGUCUGGUAGAAAGGUUUAACCAGACCUUGAAGAGGAUGCUCCGCCAAGUGGUGGCAGAGGAUGGGCAUGACUGGGACCUCAUGCUGCCCUAUGUACUCUUCGGCAUCCAGGAAGUGCCCCAGGCAUCCACCGGCUUCACCCCUUUCGAGCUCCUCAUCGGCCGGCAACCCCGCGGGCUACUGGAUGUCACCCGGGAUGCAGCAAAUACACGUGCAGCAAAUGAGAGCCCGCAUUGACCGAGUGAUGCCCCUCGUAAAAGAACAUCAUGGAUGAGCUCCUGGAGCGGUUGGGAAAAGCCUACUUCACCACCACGCUCGAUCUUACCAAAAGGUAUUGGCAGGUGCCCUUCUCCCGACUCCCGGGUAAAAACGGCGUUCAGCACCCUAUCGAGACACUGGCAGUGCCGGGUGCUGCCGUUCGGGCUACAUGGGGCACCGGCCACAUUCCAGCGGAUGAUGGAUAUCCUGCUGCUGCCCCACAAAGAGUGGCCGAGAGUACGCGGCCGCCUACAUCGAUGAUCUGGUCAUCAACUCGGUGAGCUGGUAGGACCACCUGGACAGGUUGCGGAGAGUGCUGGUGGACCUAUGGAAGGCCGGCUUAACGGCGAACCACAAAAAGUGCCAUCUCAGACUCGCCAAAGCCCAGUACCUGGCAUACAGGAUCGGAGGGGGACUCAUCCAGCCCCAAGUGAAGAAGGUGGAAGCCGUUCGGGACGCCCCCGACCCCGCAACAAAUCCCAGGUACGUGCCUUCCUGGGGAUAGCGGGUUACUAUCUGUGCUUUAUCUCCAACUUUUCAUCCAUAGCCAGUCCCCUGACCGACCUGACCAAAAAGGGGCAGCCAGAGACCAUGACAUGGACCCCGGAAACGGAAAAGGCGUUCCAGAUCCUAUAGCGAGCACUGUCCUCCUCUCCUGUGCUGCAUGCACCGGACUUCGGCUGCCCCUUCACCCUCCAGACCGAUGCUUCAGAUACCGGAUUGGGCGCGAUGUUGUCCCAAACCCAGAAUGGAGCGGAACACCCUGUAGCCUACAUCAGCCAAAAGCUCACCCCUGCCGAAAGCCGGUAUGCCACCGUGGAGAGAGAGGCCCUGGCCAUAAAGUGGGCAGUUCUGGAGCUUCGUUAUUACCUCCUAGGAUGGAGCUUCACACUGGUGACCGACCACGCACCGUUACAAUGGAUGGCCAAAGCCAAGGACACCAACGCCAGGGUAACUAGAUGGUUCCUAUUCCACUUCAAGGUGCCACACCGGGCCGGGACCUCCCAUAGCAACACAGACGGUCUGUCGAGGAUGUGGUCAGGAUGGACAUCUCGGUCAGUUGAAGCCGCUGAUAUUCAGAAGCCGUUGAUUUUCAACCGCGAGCGACCAGCAGCAAACCAAAAUGUCACAGAAGGAUUACGCCAUCUGUGACUACAUAGACUCCGAAGACGAUUUAAUUUCUCCGUCUCCUCUUACCGUGAUAUGUAGUACUCGGAUCCAGUGCCGCAACUCUCCAUGGGCCCAGUGAUCUUCGGCCAACAUCACCACUACUCCCCGCCGGUAUCCCCGUAAACCCAGAAGUCUCCAGAGAAAAUCUGCUCCUACUUGCUCAAAAUACUCUGGGUAGAUCUCCCAGUAAUGCGGAUGUUACACAGACAACUUCAGCGCUGACAACCCAGCCAAAACAAGCUGGCAGGACGCAGACCGGGAAGUCUUCUCCUCGCCCAGCCAAAAGAUCCACGCAGCCCACACAGACAUCAUCUCCUCCACCUUCUUCCAAAUCUGCAGACGCUAACACGCAGCUCAUCCAAGCUGUUCUAAACCUUUCAAAAACUGUUAAAGGACUGGAAUCAAAGAUGGCGAAUUUAGAAAACACUCUCACAAGCUCCGGAAUUAACCUCCAGACUAGCCCAGGAUCUUCAAUAAUUCUCCUUCCUCCCCUAGGACCAAGAGAUUAUCUGGACGCACAUUCAACAUCUACUGCAGCCCCACGCAUGCCUUCAGUUCAAACACCAAUUCACGUUGCUCCCGCUUCAAUCGCGACUUCUCAAUUCAACCUCUCCACUUCUGUCCCAGCUCAGGUUUUCGGAUGUACGACCACCAGCGUGUCCCCUCCACUGUGUCUCCACUGUCAUAUGGCAGUAACGGCAAGCAGCUGUGUUCCACCUCAUCCUCCUUAUCCAGCCACAGAUGCAGUCGUAAGCAUCUCUCAUCCCGGAGCUCCAGACCUCACUCGUCCAGCAGGGCCAAACUGAAGAUGGAGGAUCUUCAGACAAUAAAGCGAGAGCUAACUGUAAUAAAGAUGCAGAUUGAUGGUCUGUUAGACAGUCUGGACAGGAUGGACAGACAAAGACAAGAGUCCACAGCUUCACCAUUAUCACAGAAUGACAGUUUGGGAGGGUCACUUUCGCAUCCCUCAGCCAGCAGUCCAGAAGUGUCUCCCAGAAGUCUCAGCCCCCACUGCAGGAUCCACAGAGACAGUCUUGAGCUGGGGGAAGCCAGCGAUGAAGAUACUGUCCACACAAUGUUUCUUACAGAAUUGGGUGUUGUCCCACAGGUUUCGGAGAAAGUUUUGUUGCAAAAAGUUUCCUUUUACAGAGCAGCGCUGAGGGCCCAGAGAGGACGAAGAAGCUCCAUGUGCAAUCGUUCCUGGAGACAAAGUCUGAGGGUCUUCAGAAAGAGAUGGAAUGAGCCACGGAGAGAAGGGCCUUACACAGUCAUACCAGUAACACCAACAACGGUACAAGUGGAAGGGAGAAACACCUGGUACCACCUGAACCAUUGCACCAGAGUACCACAACUCCAUCGACGAGAUCCUGAACAAGCAAACGAAGAAGCUGAGGAACUAUCAGAGACUUCAGACGAAAGACAGAGCCAAGAUGAUAGUCAGAGGACCCCCGAGAGGGUUCGAGCCCGCUCCAGAGACACCUAGUGCAGCUGCGAGACAACAGGAGCAGCUCCCACAGCACGAGCCAGAGCAGAGGCCGCGAACGGGGCAGGAGCCAGACCAGAUCAGAGAACACAGACAACCGACUGAGCAUGCUGGCAGGACUGUAUACGAUCCUGACAUACAUGGAGAACAUAGUGCAACUCAAGAUAUCCACCAUAGACAGGAACCAGACACCACCCCGAACCAGACAAGCGACAGGGAACCACGGCCAGGCCCAAGUCGGGAGGGAGAUACAGGAAAUUCUGAUCACGAUAUUGCUACUGAUGACCCUAGUACAGACCAUACCACAGACCCAAGGGUACCCAUCCCAGAAUUAUCUCUUGAACAACUACUGGCAGCAGACCUGCCAACACUCGAUUUGUCAGACCUCAGGUGGUCACCCCCAGACUUCGACUUGUGAUGAACUGCCCCAGUAUGAGAGACUUUGGGACAUUGGCAUUCACAAUGAGUGGUAUAGGUGGGCACGUUUUACAGUGGAACAGUCUUACAUGGACAGUUGUGUGUUUUGCACCCCUUCACCAUUGAGCAAACUCAUUGUUGUGCCAAACCCAUAUGACUAUAGACACUGCUCUGGACAUUACACAAAACAGUGUACUAAAACGAAAGACACUAUUCCCUUUUGCUAUGCAGAGUGCUUAGCCCUGGCAGGACGAGAAAACAGGGAACGCUACUAUACUCAUCCAUUGUGGGGAGAGGAGUGUAUGAGCAUUGAUGUAAACCUGCCAACAAACAUUACUGAAGUUCCAGCUGUUUAUGAUAUAGAUUACACAAUAUGAUUACAAUAUGAAUGCUUUAAUGGUACAAAGAAAGAUGAUGGAAUUAAUGUGGGAUUCUUUGAAGGAAAUUGCAUAACUAUUUGGCAUUUGGAUAAUAUCACGCGAGGCUAAAAGAGUAUUAAAAGACAUUGGCGUAAUAAGUUUGCUUCAGCCACAUUCACAGAUAACUUCACAGUGAUAGGUUGGGAAAACUGCCCAAAUAUGACAACAGGAUGGCCAUUAAUCGAAUAUUACCAAACCCAAGCUAAUGCUAUUGCUGACUAUUUCUGGUUAUGUGGAGGAAGCAAACUAAGGCCAACAUUGCCAGAAAAAUGGAUAGGUUUAUGUGCAAGAGUAAAACAAAUACAAGAUGUGACUAUGAUUACAUGGGACCCAAAUGAAAGAGUAAAAAGUAAGCCCAAGCAUAAUAUAACGAAAAGAGCCUACUAAAGUGACCCAAAUGUUUAUCUGGAUGCUAUUGGUCAACCUAGAAAUAUUCCACACCAAUUUAAAGCAAGAUAUGAGGUGAAAUCUGGAUUUGAAUCUAUCCUUGUAUGGAUAACCCCAAAUAAGAACACAGAAUGGAUUAAUUAUCUGUAUUACAAUCAGCAAAGGUUUAUUAAUUUUACAAAUUAUGCACUUGAAGCGCUUGGAGGACAAUUAGCCGCAACAAGUAAAAUGGCCUGGCAAAAUCGCUCGAUGACAUGACCAGCAAAUUGGGCACUAUUUUCUCUAAUAAAUUAGAAGCUGUCGCACCUAUGAAGUCAAAAAAGAUUAAUGAGAAAAACGCAGCACCAUGGUACAAUAGCACCACUCGCGCCCUUAAAAGAGAAACACGUAAACUGGAGCGCAAAUGGAAACAAACCCAAUUAGAGGUCUUUAAAAUUGCGUGGAAAGAGAGCGCAAACUGUUAUAAAAAGGCACUAAAAGCAGCAAAGGCUGAGCACCUCCGUAACCUCAUAGAAACUAACAAAAACAAUCCAAGGUUUUUAUUUUAUACAGUUGCUAAACUAACAAAUAAACAGACUUCACCUGACCUGGGUAUUCCGCCGCACCUUGGUAGCAAUGAUUUGAUGAAUUUUUUUACAGAGAAAAUCGAAAACAUAUGAGACAAAAUAGUAAAAACUCAACCUCCAAGUCUGUCCUAUAAAUUAGUACCAACCAUCGCCCCAAAAGAAAGGCUACAGUGUUUUUUACCUAUAAAACAGGAAGAUUUAAUUAAACUUAUUGCAACAUCUAAACCUACAACUUGCUUAUUAGACCCCAUACCAACUAAAUUAUUAAAAGAGUUAUUACCUGUUGCAAUUGAGCCCAUUUAUAACAUUAUCAACUCGUCAAUUAAUCUAGGCCAUGUCCCAGGAGCCUUUAAACUGGCCGUCAUUAAGCCUCUUAUCAAGAAACCAAACUUAGACCCCAAUGAACUAGGAAACUAUAGACCGAUUUCAAAUCUCCCUUUCCUGUCUAAAAUACUAGAAAAAGUAGUGUCCACUCAGUUGUGCUCUUUCUUACAAAAUAAUGACAUACACGAAAAAUUCCAGUCAGGCUUUAGACCGCAUCAUAGUACUGAAACUGCGCUCGUUAAAAUUACAAACGACCUGCUUAUAGCAUCAGAUAAAGGUAACAUCUCACUCCUAGUCCUGCUUGACCUUAGUGCUGCGUUCGAUACUGUAGACCAUAAAAUACUUCUAGAUCGCUUACACAAUUAUACCGGUAUUCAGGGACAGGCACUACAAUGGUUCAGAUCUUACUUAUCAGACAGACAUCAAUUUGUCCAUUUAAAUGGGGAAUCAUCAAAUCUAACGCAAGUAAAUUAUGGAUUACCUCAGGGAUCGGUUUUAGGACCCUUGCUAUUCUCCAUAUACAUGCUGCCCCUUGGAAACAUUAUUAGAAAACAUGGAAUUAGCUUCCACUGUUAUGCAGAUGAUACUCAGCUAUAUAUCUCAUCAAGACCAGAUGAUUCCUUCCAACUAUCCAAAUUGGCAGAGUGCA